AUGAAAACCUUCUUAGUGGAUCUAUUACAGGAACAAUUAGGAUUCACUCCUAUUCAUUUAGAAAAUGGAGGAACUAUAUGUGGGACAAUCAGGCAUAAAUUGAUACUGAAUCCUUAAAAUUUGGUAACUUCAACUUCAUUAACAACCACUUAUGAAUCGUUUUUUGGCCUACACCCUUUAUCUCAAGUUUUGGAUCGGACUAAUCCAUUGACCCAAAUUGCUCAUGGGCGUAGGUUGAGUUAUUUGGGUCCUGGGGGGUUGACAGGGCGAACUGCUAGUUUUCGGAUACGAGAUAUCCACCCUAGUCACUAUGGACGUAUUUGCCCAAUUGAUACGUCUGAAGGAAUCAAUGUUGGACUUAUUGGAUCUUUAGCUAUUCAUGUAAGGAUUGGUCAUUGGGGAUCUAUAGAGAGUCCCUUUUAUGAAAUAUCUGAGAGAUCAAAAAAGGCACAGAUGAUUUAUUUAUCGCCAAGUAGAGACGAAUAUUAUAUGGUAGCAGCAGGAAAUUCUUUGGCCUUGAACCGGGGUAUUCAAGAAGAACAGGUUGUGCCAGCUCGAUACCGUCAAGAAUUCCUAACUAUUGCAUGGGAACAGAUUCAUCUUAGAAGCAUCUUUCCCUUCCAAUAUUUUUCUAUUGGAGCUUCUCUGAUUCCUUUUAUUGAGCAUAAUGAUGCAAAUCGAGCUUUAAUGAGUUCUAAUAUGCAACGCCAAGCAGUUCCGCUUUCUCGAUCGGAAAAGUGUAUUGUUGGAACUGGACUGGAACGUCAAACGGCUCUAGAUUCUGGGGUUUCAGCUAUAGCCGAACGGGAGGGAAAGAUCAUUUAUACUGAUACUCACAAGAUCAUUUUCUCAAGUAAUGGAGACACUAUGAGCAUUCCAUUAGUUAUGUAUCAACGUUCUAACAAAAAUACAUGUAUGCAUCAAAAACCUCAGGUUCCGAGGGGUAAAUGCAUUAAAAAGGGACAAAUUUUAGCAGACGGUGCGACUACAGUUGGUGGGGAACUCGCUUUAGGAAAAAACGUAUUAGUAGCUCAUAUGCCAUGGGAAGGUUACAAUUCUGAAGACGCAGUACUAAUUAGUGAACGUUUAGUAUAUGAAGAUAUUUAUACUUCUUUUUACAUUCGGAAAUAUGAAAUUCAGACUCAUGUGACAAGCCAAGGUCCUGAAAGAAUCACUAAGGAAAUACCACAUUUAGAGGAUCGCUUACUCCGCAAUUUAGACAGAAAUGGAAUUGUGAUGCUUGGAUCUUGGAUAGAAACAGGUGAUAUUUUAGUAGGUAAAUUAACGCCUCAGACAGCGACCGAAUCGUCGUAUGCUCCGGAAGAUAGAUUAUUACGAGCCAUACUCGGCAUUCAGGUAUCCACUGCAAAAGAAACUUCUCUAAAAUUAUCUAUAGGUGGAAGGGGCCGAGUUAUUGAUGUGAGAUGGAUUCAGAAAAGGGGUGGUUCCAUUUAUAAUCCAGAGAUGAUUCGUGUAUAUAUUUCACAAAAACGUGAAAUCAGAGUAGGUGAUAAAGUAGCCGGAAGACAUGGGAAUAAAGGUAUCAUUUCCAAAAUUUUGCCUAGGCAAGAUAUGCCCUAUUUGCAAGAUGGAACACCUGUUGAUAUGGUCUUCAACCCAUUAGGAGUACCCUCACGAAUGAAUGUAGGACAGAUAUUUGAAUGCUCACUCGGGUUAGCGGGGGAUCUGCUAAAAAGACAUUAUAGAAUAGCACCUUUUGAUGAGAGAUAUGAGCAAGAGGCUUCGAGAAAACUAGUGUUUUCUGAAUUAUAUUCAGCCAGUAAGCAAACAAAAAAUCCAUGGGUAUUUGAACCCGAGUAUCCGGGAAAAAGCAGAAUAUUUGAUGGAAGAACAGGGGAUCCUUUUGAACAACCUGUUCAAAUAGGAAAACACUAUAUCUUGAAAUUAAUAUAUCAAGUUGAUGAUAAAAUCCAUGGGCAUUCCUGUGGGCAUUACGCACUUGUAACACAAUAG